UCACUAAUGGUUCAAUUUAAAAUGUAAUAUUAUCCAUAAUAACUUCAGACUUCAUAGUAAAUACUGAUCUUCGAUCAUAUUUCAAUAUUUCAUGAAAUAGUGAAACACUACAAUUUUACUUGGUAGAAGCACAGUGACAGAACAUAACAUGCAUAAUAUAUUUGAGGGUAAAAGUAGUAGAAUAUGUGAUCACGAUGAUCAUGUUGCUUCUAGUUUCAGACGUCCCAGUGAUGAAGAUGAAGUUGAAAUACCAAAAAAAAUGUACAAUGAAAAAAGUCCACUUGUCGAUAAGACAGUUCCUAAAUCUAUAACAAUAGCUCAACAAAUUGCUGCUGAGAGCAUAGAAACUCAAAUAAAAACUCAAAAAAGAAAUCAGUAUUUAGCUGCAUUAAUUGUGACUAUUGGAGGGUUUAUCAUGGGUACAACGCUUGGUUGGACGGCUCCUGCAGGUCCGAUGAUGGAAAAUGGCCAAUACGGGUUCCAAAUUACUGUGGAAAAUAUUUCAUGGAUAGCGUCGGUCAUGCCACUUGGUGCCAUGCUUGGAUGUCCAGUUAUGGCUGGUCUAGUCAACAAAUUAGGACGAAAACAUCUAAUGAUAAUGUUAACCAUACCUACACUUUUUGGUUGGGCGAUGAUUAUAUGGGCUCAAUCUGUGGUAUGGAUUUGUGCUGGCAGAUUUUUAACUGGAUUUUCUAGUGGUUCAUACUCUGUCAUUGUACCUUUGUACACUUCAGAAAUAGCCGAAAAGGAAAUUCGUGGUACUUUAGGUACUUAUUUUCAGUUACAAGUUAAUGCAGGAAUCUUGUUCACCUAUGUAAUAGGAUCCUACCUUAAUGUAUUUGGUCUAUCUGUUGCGUGUGCAAUAGUUCCAGUGAUUUAUAUAUGCUUGAUGUUUUUAAUACCAGAAAGUCCAAUUUUCUAUCUUAUGAAAGGAAAUGUUGAAAAAGCUCAGUUAUCGCUGAAAUAUUUCCGCAAACCUGUUGUUCAUGUAAAUCAAGAAUUAAAUACCAUGCAGAGUGCAUUAGCUAAAACUGAAAGGGAAAGAGUUCCAAUCAUGGAAGCAUUCCAAACUACACCAGCUAAACGAGGAUUAUGCUUAGGUCUUGGAGUUAUGGUUUUUCAACAGUUUUGUGGGUGUAAUGCCGUUAUUUUCUAUGCAACAACUAUCUUCAAUGCAACAGGGAGUUCAAUUGGAUCAAAUACAUCCACAAUUAUUAUUGGCAUCAUGGCUGUAGUGUCCACAUAUGUAUCAACGCUUGUCGUUGAUAAAUUAGGACGGAAAAUUCUGUUGUUGUAUUCAGUUGUUGCAAUGGGAAUUUGUACAUUCCUUAUUGGUGGAUUUUUUUAUGCUAAGGAAUCCCACUAUAAUAUUUCAUCUAUUGGAUUUAUUCCAUUAAUGUCGUUAUGUAUAUUCAUAAUAUUAUUCUCCAUUGGUUUUGGUCCUAUUCCAUGGAUGUUAAUGGGUGAAAUAUUCCCAGCUCAAAUUAAAGGUAUUGCUAGCUCAAUAGUUUGUAUGUCAAACUGGCUAUUUGUUUUCUUGGUCACCAAAUUUUUCACAUUAUUGGUAUCUGCCAUUUAUUUAUACAAUACAUUUUGGCUAUUUACAUUAUUCAGUGUAUUGGGAACAUUCUUUGUGGUGUUUUUCGUCCCUGAAACUAAAGGUAAGACUAUGGAAGAAAUUCAAGAAUUGCUUGGGGCUGACCAUAUUACACUAUUAACAGAAAAUCAAAAUGAUGCUUAGGAAUAAUAUAUUACUAUUUAAAGUUCAAACUUAAACAAUUUUAUUAUUUAUCCACCAAUUGUCAUAUAUUAUUAUUAUUAAAUUGUGUAAGAUUAUAUUUUGUAUUAAUUACUAAUAGAAAAAGUUGCAUGUUCUUAUCAAUAACAAACAUUUAAUCUUUUACCUGUUUUAGUAUAUAAAAUUAUUGGAUCUGUUUUAUAUGAUUUAAAAAUGUUUUUUAUUACAUUUAUAGUUUAAUGUAUAUUAUAAUACAUGUAUUAUUUUACUGACUGCCUUAAAGCUUAUGCUGUGAUGAAAUUUUUUAGUUUUAGCUUAAAUUUCUAAUUUUUGAAACAUUUCCAUAGAUUAAAUAUAUUAUCUGACACUCCUUUUAUUAUUAAUGUAUUUCUAAUUGGUGUGAAAAUUUAAAUCUGUGAUACCUCUAGACUUUUUUAUUGUAUAAAAACAU